AUGAGCGCCCCGAAAGCCGUCGCCGAGAACAUGCUCUGGGGAGGCCGUUUCACCCAGGGCCUCGACCCCCUAAUGGUGCAGUACAACCAAUCGCUCCCCUACGACCGCAUCCUGUGGCAGCAAGACAUCGCGGGCUCGCUGGCCUUCGCGCGCGCCAACACCAAAACCGGCAUCCUGACGGCCGACGAGUUCGCCGCGAUCGAGCGGGGCUUCGCACAGAUCGCCGAAGAAUGGCGCAGCAACACGUUCGAAGUCAAGCCCAACGACGAAGACAUCCACACGGCCAACGAGCGACGGCUCUCGGAGCUCAUCGGCAAGGAGAUCGGCGGCAAGCUGCACACGGGGCGGUCGCGCAACGAGCAGAUCGCGACGGACAUGCGGCUGUGGCUGCGCGACGAGCUGCGGCGGCUGGACGGGUACCUGGCGGACCUGGUGCGCGUGUGCAUUUCGCGGGCCGAGGCCGAGAUCGACUACCUCAUGCCCGGGUACACGCACCUGCAGAAGGCGCAGCCGGUCCGCUGGAGCCACUGGCUGCUGUCGCAUGCGACGGCGUUUGCGAGCGAGCUGCAGCGGCUGCGCGAGGUGACGGCGCGCGUCAACCGCAGCCCGCUGGGCACGGGCGCGCUCGCCGGCAACCCGUUCCAGAUCGACCGUGCCGCCAUGGCCGCGGAGCUCGGCUUCGACGGCCUGCUGUACAACAGCAUGAACGCGGUCGGCGACCGCGACUUUGCCAUGGAGACCAUGCAGUGGGGCGCGUCGUUUAUGCUGAAGAUCUCGCGCUGGGCCGAGGACCUGAUCAUCUACAGCAGUCUGGAGUUUGGGUUCGUGCGGCUCAGCGAUGCCUACUCCACCGGCUCGUCGCUCAUGCCGCAGAAGAAGAACGCCGACAGUCUCGAGCUGCUGCGCGGCAAGGCCGGCCGCGCCUUCGGCCAUAUGGCCGGCCUGAUGUGCACCAUCAAGGGCCUGCCGACCACCUACAACAAGGACCUGCAGGAGAGCGUCGAGCCGCUGCUCGACCAUAUCAAGACUGUCGGCGACAGCAUCCAGAUCGCCACCGGCGUGCUGUCCACCCUCACCACUAUCCCUGAGAAGAUGACCGCCGCCCUGGCGCCCGAGAUGCUGGCCACCGAGAUUGCGGAUUAUCUCGUGCGCAAGGGCGUGCCCUUCCGCGAGGGACAUCAUAUCUCCGGCCGGGUCGUCCAGCUCGCCGAGCAGAACAAGGUGCCCAUGGACACUUUGUCGCUGGAGCAGCUCAAGACUGUCGACGCUCGCUUCGACGAUGACGUCCGCGCUUGUCUGGAUUACGAGCGCGCCGUCGAGCUCAAGGACGCCGUCGGCGGGACUAGCCGCCGCGCUGUGUUGGAGCAGACUGCCGUCCUGCGGGGACUGCUUUAG